AUGUCUAGUACCGGUUCGAUACACUCCAGAAGGCAGUCUGUUAAACCCAAACCUUUGAUUCCUAGAGCUACGACAAACUCGACCUCUUCGAGAAAUGAAGGUAUACGGCGGCAAGACAACGUGAUAAAUAAUGGAAAGAAACUAUUGGGUUCCGCUAAGCCACCCUUCCCUUUGGGCAUUGGCGUACAGUCCCUGCCACGAAAGAGCUCGUUAUCGUCAAAAAAUAAGGCAUUUCAACUUACCGCAGGACUGUCGCCGAACUAUUCAACCUCAGGCUGCUCAGAUGAUCUAUCUCACAAAAACCCUCUACGACGGAAAGCACCGUCCAUUGAACGCCACGUUGGGCGUACUCGCUCACGAUCGCCGUCGAUACCACUUGAUAUGCCUCGGAAACCUGUGCUUCAAAAACUUACGCAAUCUCAUAUUAUAGCUCCGCCAUCGCCAUCCGCCCCGCUUGACUCAUCUCAAGAGCCUAGUAGUACCUAUCCUCCUCCUGAGCUAUCAAGAUUAACUACCACUAUCAAUACUAUAGACCUUCCCCCGCCAACUCCCAACUUCACAAGCGAUAGCAGUGCUUCAACGAGAUAUUCGGAUUCCCCAGGGCCUUGGAGCAGUAGGACAUCGACUCCCACGUCACUAUCCUCGUACUCACCUGGACUUACACAUUCUACAAAAGUCAGCACUCGUCUUAGACAACCCAGCCCAUCUUUAUUUCGAAGCCAUCCUCCUCGUUAUCAUGUUUCUGGUGCUUCCUAUCCCGGUGCCACUCCAGAUAUACCCAUCUUUCCAAAGGUACCAAAAAGAUCUCAAACGGAACCGGUUCGAGUAACCGAGUCCAGACUACCAACUAAAAUUUCAGGUGUAUCUACAAGGUCGGAGGUUCCUCGCUACGAAACGUUGCAGGAACCAUCUAUUGAGCCAACAGUCGCCGAAACAGCAAAGCAGAUUGGAAGAAUUAGAGGGAUAUCUGGAAAGAGCCAUGAAUUGUUACCAGCCAAGCGCUCUCAGAAGCCUGGACCAGUGCGAAAUCCAAGCUCGGUGGUGUCGUCCAAAUAUCCUCAUCGACCUAGUCGUGCUGGUACUGAACCAUUACAGAUGGAACCUCCACCUGUGGUCCAUAGCGCUUUAUCGUCAUCACGGACAUUAGAGCACAAACGCCAUGGCUCAGUUGAAAGUGUUACGUUAUACAAGCCUACGAGAGAUUCCAUUUCCUUUGGCAACAGUUCAGCAAAUCGUGCGGAUUCCUUUCGAAAGGCGUCACCUCAAAUACUCCACCCACCACCAUCUCCCAAUAAUUUUGCACGGCCCAACCCACGCUCGAAUAUUUCAACUCCUUCCUCUCCACCCCCCCUAAAGAGUCAAUCCGUACCAAAAAAGGAAUGCAAGGAUCUCAGAAAUACGAAAAGUGAAUCUAAAGAUGUUGGAACAAGACGCUUCGGGUUUUUUCAAAAACGAUCCAAAACGCCUCUGGAUAUGCCCCCGCCAGAACAAGCAAGUAAACAGGCUCGCCGAGGACCGGUGGCCGGUACAGGCCACGAGGGCUACGGUAAAUAUUCUACCCGUGGAAGAAGAACUAGUAUUGGAAGCAAUUCCAGCCGGGCCAGGUCUACAAGUACCAAUGGCUCUACCAGCAACUUAAGUCAGGCCCAUCCUGAAUUGGACGAUUUUUUACUAGACCGUUUGGAACCAGUUAUUAUUACAGGCGGCACAUUGGGGCGAACUGACAGCAAACAAAGUGUGAGUGAUCAAAGCAUUGCUUCUAGUACAAACUUAAGUGCAUCUACACACCCACGGCGAUUCUACACUCAAUCGUCGGAAUCUUUGGUUUCGGCGGAACGCUUGGUCCUUUCUCCGGAGCCUAUGAACGCCACAGCUACAUUUCAAUCAGAUUUGAAAGGCAGCUCUUCUCCACGUGUGACAAUCGAAAAAAGGCGUUCAGUCCGCAGAUUUGGUUUCUUUGAUAGGAAUAGCCGCGAUGGAUUUCUUUCCAUAAAUACUGAUAUCCCUAAACUGGCGUCUCCCCUUAACAGCUCCAAUACUUGCCAUACUUCGAUGUCGCAAUCUGACGCGUCAAUACUAACCAGAGAUAAUGAUAAUCUGGAUACUAAGGAGACUAAGAAAAAGUCCCAAAUGUUCGGGAAAUGGAACUUUUUUCAACGAACCCACCAACUUCGUCGAAAGGAGCAUUUUACCAAGACAGAUCUUGCUUCUGUUUCUACACUUCCAGUGACGGUAUCCCAGGUUCCUACUACACGAGUCGUUGCGCAUUAUGCGCUCCUUGAUGACGAUCAACUUGACUCCGACUCUCUGGAGGAUAUUCUUCAUAAUAUUGAGGAAUCAUCGCCAACGGAAGAAGAGGUGUACGAACCCCCGACAGUGUGUAUAAAAAGACAACAAUCGGUUCUACUACCCGCUCCACCAACUUUACCUGAAUGCAAAGCUGAGAGACGCCCACCGUCGCCGAAAGUGUUUUUUAAUAAGAAUAUGUCACCCGAUACGCAACCGGCAGCCAACAAAUCUCAUCGUCCGGCACGUCUUAGAUCCAUCGGCCGUAUCCCCAGAGUUACAGUGCGAGACGAUAGGCAGCAUAAACCUACACCACAGUCAUUUUCGAGACCUUUUUGUCGAGCAGAUAUGCCAUCCAUCACGGCAACAUCCGAUAUAAAUAUCCCUAAAGCCGAUGGUUAUUUUGCCCUCGGUAGUUGUACUGAACCUGAUCGCUUGUCCUUUGCACCUCUCCCGGGUCCCAAUAUUCAGAAUACUCCGCCUACACGUCAGCCCUUUGAUUCUGAGUUCUUAAUUUUUUCUCCUCGCAAUAAUUCUGAAGCUUCUGAAUCCACCAGUACCGAUAGCCAAAAUAGCCUCAAGGCUAUAACCGCGGUCAUCCCCCCGCCAGAGUCACAGCUGAUGGAAGAUGAGAUCUGGGACGAAUACGACGAUUUCAUUGACAAGGUUCUAACUCCACCUGCGGUAGAAGAAGGAUCAUCGGGCCGGGGCUCGUUUCAGUUAGCCACCCGGGCAAGCCGAGCUCUCCAGGCCGGUUUAAACUCAGUGACUGAUCCUAAAUCGUCUUGUCUCUCAGAAUGCUCAGUGGCAACAACGCCUAUUUCAUCUCUGCCUACUGAUUCCGUGCAUCUUAGUCGAUCAAUGGUGAUUUCGGCACUACAUUCGUCCUCUAUCGCCCCCUCUACCCCUUCUUCGCCCAACGACUCCUGUUCAAAUGAUGCUAGACCCAGCCAGGGCACUGAUCUAGCCAUUCUUGAUGACACGGCGUCGCAUCAGAGCCAUCAACGGUCUGUAUGGAAUGAGCCAGAGAACAAGGGACCUGAUCGCCAACAAAACACUGCUCUAUUGGAUAUUGCAGAACGUAAACGACUUGGUGCCCUCGCUCAAGCGAAUUUGCGAUCAGGAUCACUUAUGACAAGUCGAUGGCUGUCAUUUGGCCGGGUGCUAUUCAGCCCUGCUCAGAGUCAUGUGCGAACGCAAGAUCAAUCGCGUAUCCUGGUUAUUGAUGGUCUCGGUAACGAUGAUUGGUCUUUUUACUGUGCUUUAACAUACCCGACAGCUACCGUUUAUAAUCUCAGUGGGCUACUUUCUCAAUCUAACUGUAGUAACCCUGCAGCCUGGGACCCUCCCACAAACCACCACUCUGUUCAUCAUUCUAAUUUCGAGAAUCCGUUUCCAUUCCCCAAGGGCUUUUUCACUGUUGCAAUACUGCGAUUUCCAGCAGCCGGUUCAGAAGCUGGCUUAAAGAAAAUGAUUUCGGAAUGCCGUCGUGUUCUUCGUACUGGAGGUUAUCUAGAGAUGAGUAUUUUGGACGUUGAUAUGGUCAAUAUGGGAAGCCGAACACGCAAAACCAUACGAACUCUUAAAGAGCGCAUCAUGACCACAGAUCCAAAUAUCAGUCUCAAGCCUACGAGCGAUAAUGUCCAGAGACUACUCGGAAAACGUGGAUUUCAGAACCUCAAUCGAUGUGUGGUUGUCGUUCCUGUUGCAGGUACAAUUCUGCGGUCUUGGGAUACGUCUAGCUCUGGUCGUUCCAUUAUACCUACUAGUAUAGCUACACCAAACAACUCCAUGCCGUCGAAGUCGGCAUCCGCGAUUCCCGACAGCGAUAGUCACAAGAGACCAUUUUCGGACGACGCCAACCUUUCACUGGGCGAUUUGUUAUCAGACCCAUCUCCUUCAGCAUCUAACGAUGAGAACAUCACCAAAAUUGUUGCCAGGGUCGGGCGCUGGUGGUAUACCCGGUGCUAUGAAACACCAGUUUUGGCGGAAGGGAACCUUGACGGAAGCAUCUGGGCCGAUCGGCGGGUUCUACGAGAAUGCCAGAGACACGGAACUGGGUUCAAGCUACUAAUCGCGUAUGCUCAAAAGCCCAGUGAAGUAAAUCGAAGAACAAUGAGUGUGUGA